AUGACCGAAACAUCUUCCCCACCGACACUAAAACGAAUGCCCUCGGGCGGAAACCCUAACAACAACCUGGAACCGGUCAAAGACCGGCGUAGAAGAAGAUCGUCGAGUAUCAUUUCGCACGUGGAGCCAGAAACUUUGGAGGAGGAAAACGACCAGCAAAUGCUGCCAAACAUGAACGCUUCAUGGGUCGAUCAACGCGGUGCCUGGGCCGUGCAUGUUGUGAUUAUCAUGCUACUAAAGGGAUUUUUCAACUUGAUGCCUGGCAUUACCAACGAAUGGUCCUGGACGCUGACCAAUACCACGUACGUGAUCGGCUCUUACGUGAUGUUCCACCUCGUGAAAGGCACACCAUUUGACUUCAACGGUGGUGCAUAUGACAACCUUACAAUGUGGGAGCAGAUCAACGACGGGAUGCUCUACACUCCUAGCCGCAAAUUUCUCAUUUUGGUACCCAUAGUGCUCUUUCUCGUGAGCACGCACUACUCCCGCUACGAUCUACAGCUUUUCGUCCUGAACUUUUUCCUAACAACGUUUGUGGCCGUGGUGCCCAAACUUCCUCUCACGCAUAGGCUCAGAAUAACCAUUCCAUUUCUAACAGGCCCGGCUCAAAUCAAAUGA